AUGGUUGAAGUCCGCGAUUCCGAAGGUGAGGUGGUUCGUAUCACAGUGCUGUCCGUAGGAUAUACAGCAAUCGAAACAUCAAAUGAUGUACGGUACCAAUGCUACCGCAGUGUACAACAUGCGGAUGCUACAUUGUCCUUCGGACGGUCUGCACCCAUAACAACCAGUAUAUCACCACCACCACACAGAAAUCACCCUGUCCCUAUACAUGCAGAUGUAUUGAUUGUUUGGUUCUCUGAUUAUGGAGAUUAUUGGCAUACGAACGGGUUUGGUCCCUUCUACUGCGAGGCUGCUACGGCUUGUGGAGAUGUAACAAGGGUCACUACAUUUUUUCAGAGAAGUGAUGCUAAGUUCAUACCAAGUGAUGGAGUGUUUACAAAGACAGUCAGUGUGGCAGACACAGGAGUAGUGAUCUCAAUGACUGAUCGAUACCAACCUGAUGAUGAUGGAAGUAUCACAUGGAGGAAAGAUGGUGGUGAUGUUCUUACACAAUUUGAGGGACAGACCAGUAUCAGCUUCCCAAGCCCAAUCCGGAUAUCAGACCAAGGGAUUUAUGAGAUCUACUACGAUGGCGAGAGAGAUCAAAACAGAGGAGGAAUAUACAGACUUAUCGUCAGGGAAUGUCCUGCCGGUAAGUGGGGUCCACCUAGAUGUUAUGGUGUCUGUGAUAACUGCUACAACGGUGGUGUCUGUGAUGAUAAAUCUGGUCUUUGCAUCUGCCCAAACAAUUUCAAAGGAAAGAAUUGUUUAGAAAUUUGCAGGGAUGAUGGAGGGAAUAACUUUGGAAUAAACUGCGAAUCUUAUUGCUCAUAUCGUAACUCGCCAACUCAAUGUCGUGGCUUUCUGUUCUGUCUACCUGAUCCUUAUGGAUGCUCAUGUGAUGUUGGUUCCCAAGGCCUUUCAUGUGAUAGUGAUUGUCUAGUUGGUACAUAUGGCGUAGGAUGCUCACAGACAUGUCACUGUGCAGAUGAGUCAUCGUGUGACCCUUUUAGUGGAAUAUGUACUACAGGUGGAUGCCAGCCUGGUUGGUCAGGGAACAAUUGUCAAAUUCCUGAUAUCUGUGAAGCCGGUUACUAUGGACCUCAAUGUAUUGAUAAAUGUUAUUGCAUGGAUGAUGCAUCAUGUGAUAAAACAACAGGAGCAUGUCCUCAGGGGAAGUGUGCCUUGGGAUACAGCGUACACGAAGGAAACGAUACUUGUCAAGAGGACGAACCUCCACUGUUUGAAUACUGUCCAAUGAGUGUAACCGUCAUUACGGAUCCUGGCAAAGCGACUGCACUCGUGACUUGGCACGAACCUUCAGUAUCCGACAACUUACCUGAUCCGGUUACUAUUGUGCCCGUCAUAAACCGAAAUGAUAGCGAAUUCAGUUUAUACCACAGCGGAUCGAUGUUUGAUACCGGGAACGGCAUGGAUUUCGAUAUAGGGAUGUAUAUCGCUAAGUACAACGCAACAGACGGCUCGGAUCAAGAGGUCGACACGUGUUCGUUUGAAAUACACGUCAAAGACACUGAGGAUCCGGUUAUAACUGAUUGCCCGCCAUCCAUGACUGUACCCACGGAGGAUGGGACAAUGUAUGCUACUGUGUCGUGGAAUGCCCCAAACGCAACUGAUAAUUCAAACGAUGUUACACUGACUUUUAACGAGGAACACACCUGGAGUAAUUCUGGCUUGUUUCCCAUCGGGCUCACCCCUCUUUCUUACACAGCCGAAGACCCAUCAGGGAAUAGAGCAACUUGCUCCUUCACUAUAUCCGUUAUAGAUAACGAGGAACCUGUUAUACGUAACUGCCCACCUUCCAUGUCUGUAUCCAUGGAAACAGGUCAAGAUUACGCUACGGUGUCUUGGGUUGCACCAAUUGUAACGGACAAUUCUAAUAGAGUGACAAUGACAUUCAAUGAAGCCGACGCCUGGACAAACCCUGACAACUUUCCUGAAGGAAUGACCUCUCUGUCCUAUACAGCUGAAGAUGCCGCUGGAAAUAAAGCGACUUGCGUGUUCACCAUAUCAGUUUUAGAUAAAGAGGAACCUGUCAUACAUUACUGCCCACCUUCGAUGUCUGUUUCAAUGGAAACAGGUCAGGAUUAUGGUAUGGUAUCUUGGGUUGCACCAAUUGUAACCGACAAUUCUAAUAGAGUGACAAUGACAUUCAAUGAAGCCAACGCCUGGACAAAUCCUGACAACUUUCCUGAAGGAAUCACCUCUCUGUCUUAUACAGCUGAAGAUGCCGCUGGAAAUACAGCUACCUGUAUGUUCACCAUAGCAGUCACAGAUAACGAGGAACCUGUUAUUCGUAACUGCCCAUCUUCCAUGUCUGUAUCCAUGGAAACUGGUCGAUAUUACUCUACAGUGUCUUGGAUUGCACCAAGUGUAACGGACAAUUCUAAUAGAGUGACAUUGAUAUUCAAUGAAGCCGACGCCUGGACAAAUCCUGACAACUUUCCUGAAGGAAUCACCUCCCUGUCCUAUACAGCUGAAGAUGCCGCUGGAAAUACAGCUACAUGCAUGUUCACCAUAGCAGUUAUAGAUAACGAGGAACCAGUUAUACGUAACUGCCCACCUUCCAUGUCUGUAUCCAUGGAAACAGGUCGAGAUUACGCUAAGGUGUCUUGGGUUGCACCAAUUGUAACGGACAAUUCUAAUAGAGUGACAAUGACAUUCAAUGAAGCCAACGCCUGGACAAAUCCUGACAACUUUCCUGAAGGAAUGACCUCACUGUCAUAUACAGCUGAAGAUGCCGCUGGAAAUAAAGCUACCUGUAUGUUCACUAUAGCAGUUAUAGGUAGAUCCAUCAUGCUCUAUCAAUAUUAA